AUGUCUACUAUUGAAGCGAAUAUGUUACUAACUGAGAAAGUGAAGAUUUUUGAAAGUACAGUUCAACAGGUUAUGAGCAGUUUUUAUUCUGGAACUGCUGUGACCUCCGUCUUAGUUAUUUCUAUCGAUUAUCCCUCGUGGAUCAAACAUGUGGCUCUCGCUGCUAAUAGUGCCUUUAUCCAGCUGGGAGUCAUUUUGAAACCAAAGAUCGAUAGUCUCAUUUCCACCUACCUUUGAAAAAUUUCCGGGUUACAAAACUAACUCUGAUCUUCUUGCUCACUUGAAUUGUCUUGAAUAUGGUAUUGCUGAAUGGAUUCUCAGUCAUCUCAGUGAGGAUGUUCGUGGUAGACUUCAGGAUCCGGUCAAUGCCAAGUGGAAAUCAUCUGACUUGUUGAAAAUUCUUGACAAACGUUCCGCUGGUUUUCGAUUCGGAUCUCUUGUUGCUGAAUUAUCUACACAUAUUCCUAAAAGCUCCUUGUCUUCUGGGGAAUAUGAGACUCAGAUGCGUAAGGUCAGUGAAUGCAUCACGUUUAUCACUCAGGAACUGUUGGUUGCUGGUAUUUUUCUUGCUGGUCAUCCUACUCCUUGCAAUACUGUAAUUCGUCAUUUUACGGCCCAUCCAGGUGAAACGCUUAACAUUUCUGAAAUCCAAAAAGUCAUCAAUGGAAAUUCUGACAACCUAGACCAGGAAGUCAGCGAAGUUAAGACAAAACCUACCAUCAUGAUGAACUCCACCAUGGUGGAACCGCGUGUCAAUAUUGCAAAAAGUUUAGACACGCUGCUCCUCAAUGCCGGUUUUAUGUGUGUACACCUAGCAAGACUCAGCCCACUACCUCUAUGCCACAGAAGAAACCUAAGCUUCACGGCACCCCAGAAAAUUGGCGAGAAAAAUAUUAAUGAUAGAUAG